CACAAGUUCAUAGCAAACGAGAAGAAUGUCAUAUUACGUGCUGGUAAUAACGAUAGCGCUGGUGUGCCUUUCUUCUCAGACACAAGGCGAAAUAUACUACGCCGAUAGUGCAUAUGACUGUUCCUCCGACCAAAAGUACGUGUUUACCUACUCAUCAACAACAUUAGAAGCUUGGUCCAGUGGCAUACGAUCAAAAACCAACUCCUCUUGUGUCAUCCAUUUCUACACAGGGGUUUCCAGUGACGUCGUCAAAGUCAUAAGUAACUUUAUGGACAUACCAUGUUCGUCGGAAGCGUACUUGACUUUCUACGAUGGUCCAUCAACAAAUUCGAGGCUGCUAAAGCACUACUCCUGUUCAGUGUCCCCAAGCAAACCCUUCCAAACAACCUCUGAAUAUUUAACAAUCAGACUUGGCCGCGCCGGAAAAACCAAUUUUGACUUUAGUUUGGAUCUUUAUGAAGUUUAUGGUGGCGUGAAAUAUGUGGAUGAAACUGUAUAUAUUGCAGUUGGUGUCGGUUGUGGAUUUUUCUUUUUGGUGAUGUUGGUGAGUCUGAGAGUGUUCUUGAUCUAUAGACGUCGCUCCGCAGCAAGACGAGGCCAGCUGGUAGUCACCGGGGUUCCAGUGAAUUGUGAUGUCCCGCAAGGUUAUGGCUCAAUAACCAACAACUACAUCGCCCAGCCUCCGCCAUAUGCUUCAGUGGUACCCCCUACAGUAGAGACUCCGAAAGAGGCAUUCGGGCCAAAGUAGGACACACAAGACUUAGAGCGCACCAGAACAGCGGACUUACAGAUCCGCGGAUCAAAUAUGGCCGACACAUUGACAGCUUGAUGCUGAUCAGAAAUUAAGCGGCGAGCUUUUUAGUGGGUCGCCAUAUUUGAUCCGCGGAUCGGUUAGUCUACUGUUCGGAAUGCACUCUUAGGUACAAUGGCCCAUU